AUGAUACCUGAGAAACUACAAGAGAAGAGAGACGUCUUGGAAGGCAAGAGAAAGUUCAGGGCCAAAACCAAAACCCGACACAGGGAAACUACCAGAAGUCCUAAGAGGUUGACCAGUUGCAUCUUCCAAAAGCCUCUGUCUAGAAUAACUUCUAACCCUGGGAAUAUCACCAUGAGAAGGAAAGACCAAGAGAACCUGGAGAAACCCCAGCAGCUCUGUGCUUUGAAGAGGUUGAAUGACCAUCACUCUGGAGACAGGAAAGGGAACUUUUUAUAUCUACUGGAUCCUAAUACCCCUGUAAACCAAAGUACACUGGGAAGGCAGGAUGAAGCCAAUGGUGUUAAGGAUCUGCACACUUCCUCAGAGUCCAGCCCUGCCCACCGCCCAUGUUUGGAAGAGGAGAAAAAGGCUACUCAGCAGUCACUAUCUUUCCAUAGUCCAGGGGUAACAAUGCCAGUGUCUCUUCAGCUGUCACCAUCUUAUGACAGAAGAGGAGUGACUACUGCAGACAUCCGGAGACAGGCCAUGAAGGUGAAGAGAGCCAGAAAGAGACUGGCGGAGGCCUUGGAGGAAGACAGGCUUGCCAAGCUGGCAGAGAACAUAAGGGAUUGA